AAAAAGCGGAACAGGAAGUCAACAAAUAGCCUCGCUAAGAUCGAGCUAGACGUGCGACCAUAUACUGUAUAUGUGGUCAGUGUGGAGUUCAAGGAGUCAAGAUCUUAGCACUGCAACAUGGCAAGUAACAUGCCAGACGGCUUUGACGAGGAGUUCCUGACGUGCCCAGUUUGUAUGCUGCACUUCCGGGAUCCAAAAAUUCUGCCAUGUCUGCACACAUUCUGUACGGAGUGUUUGAAAGAAUGGGCCACCAAACAACAGCCGCUGGAGUGUCCAACCUGCCGCGCACAGUUCAGUCUACCAGACCAAGGUGUGGACGGACUCAGGACCAACUUCUACGUCAACAACCUGCUGGACUUCGCGGCGGGCAAGAGAGGAGCAGAGCUAGGUGUGCCGUGCCAGACCCCCACCCCUCCCCCUUCAAGAGGACCUUCCCACCUGCUGAGAGCUGCUCCCACCACAGGACAACAGCAACAGGGAAGCUGGCAGCCUCAAGCACCUCCCAAACCUGCACAGCCGAUGCAGACAAGCAUGCAGCAAGGCCCCCGAGCCGCCCCAGCUCCUGUGCAGAUGCAGUCUCAGCAGGCAGGAAAUCAGACAAGGGUUCCUAUCUGGAAAGGGGCCUUGGAAUGGCAGGAAGUGCCACCCAAGAACAAUCCGAGCGACCUUCCACAGAAGGUUAACAGGUCACUGGCCUGUCAGGUAUCCAGCCAGCCAGGAGAGACUCUCCAAGCAGACAAGUGGCCCAGUAAGCUGAUGAUGCAGCCGAUUCCGCAGCAACUGCUCGUGCCGCUGGGCCCACUCUUCCGCAACUCUCGCACCGUCGGGUUUCACUUCUCUAACAACGACCAGGAUGCUCUACGGGCACUGUACCGAGUCAUGGAGGGCGGCUUCGCUGGCUGUGUGCAUUUCCCACAUGUGACCCAGUGCGAUGUCCGGGUGCUGAUGUUGGUCUACAGUGCAAAGAAGCGGGCCUUUAUGGGGCUGAUUCCGCAGGACCAGACCAGCUUGGUCAAUGGGAUCCGCACGGUCAUCAUCAACCACAAGAAAGCGCAGCAGCAGAAAGCACUGCAGAGACAGCAGCAGCUGCAAGUUGUGCAGCAGCCAAACUCGGCACCAAUGCAGUUUGCACAGCAGCAACAACAGCAGCAACAACAGCAACAGCAAGCACCUUUAUCUGCUCAGCAACAGUUUGGUAACCAUGGAAACCUGGGAGGCGGAAGAAACAUGAUGAGCAGUGGCCAAUCAGCUGUCAGCACUUCCUCAGGCAACAUGAACCAGCAGCAUCAGCAUCAGCUGAACAGGCAGCAUCAGCUGAUGGAACAGCAGAGACAGAUAAACAGGCAGCAUCAGCUGAAUCAGCAGCAGCAGAGACGACAGCAGUUUCAGCAACAGCAACCCAACCAGCGUGUCUUGAACCAGCCUUUCAACCGUCAACAGCAACUGCAGAUGCUCAACCCGAACCAGUGGACAGGGCAGCAGCAGCUUCGUCCGCAAGGACUAGGUUCCAUGAUGCAACAGCUGCCUCUGCACCCUCCUCAGCCUCAACAGCCAAUGGGAAAUCUCCAACCAAACCUGCUGGAGGACCCAUAUCUGCAUGAUUUUCUUAACUGAUACCCGAAUCUGCAUGAUCUUCUGAACUGAUGCCCCCAUGGGCAGGAUGUACUGUGCUGAGUAAUUUGUUCUUGUCGAGUAAUUUGCCUGUCUGCAUACUUAGUUAAGACUGCCCCUACGGCUUAGUUUAGACUGUCCCAUAUUCAAUCCUAUUCAAAAUAGGGGUGGGGGUUCUUUGGAGGCCCGCACCAACUUUUUUGUUGCAUAAUGCCUGGACGGCUUAUGCUAAAGCCAUCAAAUUUCUGUCUCCUGCACCUCAUCCAGGAGAUCGGCAAGGGGCAGUUACAGAAGCCAGUGUAUGUCACAUAGAUGAGUCACGUGAUGUGAUGUUUUUCACAGACAACAUUGGGACAAAGUAGUUGCAUUUGACCUUGACGGAAACACAAAGUUCGAGUUUGGUAAAGAAGGUGAGAAUGAUGGGGAAUUUAAAAAGCCAAUUGGUUUAUCGUUUGACGGUAACAUUAUUGUUGGAAUAAUGCGUGAUGGCUGUGUGCCUAUCCGAGGCCUAACCGAACGUUCAUACGGAAUGUAGCAACAGUUAAGGGAGACGAGAUCGGUGGCAUUGCUCUGACUCCUAAUGGUUGCCUGUCAGUGGCAUGUUUCAAGGGACACUGCAUAGAACUGCACAGGUACUUGUUAUCUGAAAUGCACUGGUCAAACCACAUUUUUAUUGGAGGAUAGCAUUCAGGCUUUAUACACUGUCUGAUGGUCUUCUUGCUCUUGC